AUGACUGGAGAAUUGCAGACAGCUUCGUCGGUCUCUGAUGUCCCAUUGGAAGGUCUCGACGACGUGCAGGACUACAUUUGCGCACCUGAAGGAGAUGGGUCACUUACUGGGGAUAGAUUAAAUCAUGUGCUUGUUCUGGUGAACAAUGGCAAUCAGGCUUUUCGAGAUAACCAUUUUGAGGAGUCAAUCAACUGCUACUCAAGAGCCAACAAUAUAAAACCCAAUGAUCCUGUCAUUCUUGGUAACCGAAGUGCUGCUUAUUGCAGGAUUAGUGAGUACCUCAAACAGAGACCAGCAUCUGCCUCAGAGUACAGACCAUUGAAUGGGUUGGAUCCUACUAUACAUGCUGAACUUGCUCUUAAGGAUGCUGAAAAGGUGUCCAACAUUUGGAAGAACUCAGUGAAGUCAUUCGUCUUAAAAGCCAGUGCUCUUAUAUUGUUGGAAAAGUAUGAGUUGGCCCAGGAAGUUGUUUGUUCUGGUCUUGAGGUUGAUUCCUCGAGCAACCCCCUUCAAGCUUAUCGUCAGAAGUUGGAGAUAAUGGUUGCCACUAUAACAAGGAGAAACUCUGCAAAACUUGAACGUAGUGAUGAUUUUGAUUGCACUCUCUGCUUGAAGUUACUAUAUGAACCUGUAACAACUCCUUGUGGUCAUUCUUUUUGCCGCUCUUGUCUUUUCCAAUCCAUGGAUCGUGGUAACAAAUGUCCAUUAUGCCGAACAGUUCUGUUUAUCAGUCCUCGAACAUGUGCAAUCAGUGUGACAUUGAAUAACAUUAUACAGAAGACCUUCCCUGUGGAAUAUGCUGAAAGAAAGUCCGAGCAUGAGAGUUUGACAAGCCCUGGUGUUGAUUUAGUUCCUCUUUUUGUGAUGGACGUUGUAAUACCAUGCCAAAAGUUCCCUCUUCAUAUAUUUGAGCCUCGAUACAGGUUAAUGGUGAGAAGGAUCAUGGAAGGAAAUCGUCGGAUGGGAAUGGUCAUUGUUGAUCCUAAUACAGGUGCAUUGGCUGAUUAUGCUUGUGAAGUGGAGAUUACUGAGUGUGAGCCACUUCCAGACGGGCGAUUCUAUUUAGAGAUUGAAAGUCGCCGCAGAUUUUGCAUACUUGAGUCUUGGGAUCAAGAUGGAUACCGCGUAGCAGAGGUUGAGUGGGUGCAAGAUCAUCAACCAGCACAAUCAGAGGAGAAAGUACAAUUGCAGGAAUUGACAAAUAGCGCGGCAGAAUACACAAGAUCAUGGUUGCAGAAAGCCAGAGAAGCUGCAAGACAAGAUCGAAGGAGACUUGAGAAACUUCUGAACGUUGAAGCAAUGAUGCCUGUGCCAUUGGAUCCUGAGCGGUUCAGCUUUUGGCUUGCUACACUUUCAGACAGAAGACCUCAUGAAAGGCUGGAGCUUCUUCGCUUGAGGGAUACAGCAGAGAGGAUAAGCAGGGGACUCGUGUUUCUGAAAGCUGCAGAACAAGGUUGCAGGAUGCAGUGA